UAUUGCUCCGUACAUCUCUUCUCUUGUUAUCCUUCCGUCAGUGUCUUUGAUUCAGAGAAGAUGCCCGCACCGGCGUUGGACUCUCACCACGAUCUUCUCAAACUGGUGAGGGGUGCAUUUGCGGAGCUCAAUAAUAUCCCUGCUUCUCGAACUGUCUUCCAGAGAAAUGGGAACCUAUUUUUCCAUACAACUGCUCAGAAGGCAACUUCUUACAGGCAAACUAAGAAUCGAAAACUCAUGGCAUUCAUGAUUUUUGCCAUCUUUAUGCUUACUAUUAAUGGAGUUCUCUCCAAAUCUCGUCGCCCGAUCUCUGAGAUGGAGAUUUGGGAGAAGAAGAACAAAUGCUAUGCCGACAUUGAGAGUGGACUGUGGGGUGAAAAAUGCAAGACUUCAAUGGUAGCGAAGGAGAACUGUGCUCUGCAAUGCUUGUCACCAGUUUGUUAUGAGCUCAUUUAUGAGAGUGAUCCAUUGGAAGAAGGGGAGAAAGAUACUGUCAGGAGUCAAGAGUACAAGUACUGCAUGCACAAGGUCUCUCUUGGAGAGAGUUUGGACGGCAUCAGAGGUUCCUUCAGCUUCUAGUUUCAUAUGCAUCUUUACUGCUUACUCAGAGAGUCAGAGCUGCUGAGAUGAUUGCGCGGUUAGGAUAUGCUGAUUAAUUUUGUCUAAAUAAGAGGCAUGGCCUUCAUCUCACAUUUCAUGCCUCCUAAUGCCAGAUGCCUUGUGAUAAUGUAUGUUGUAGAUAUGAACUGGUGAAAUUGAGAGCAUUGGGGCUCUUUUGCAAUAUUUUUAAUUGUUCUCUCCCUCUCUCUUGUGAAUAAUCCAUUUCGUUAGUUUGAUACUUGUAUUUGAUUUUUAUAUCAAAUCAUGUAUUAUUUGGCAUUACAAUGAUAAUAUCUUGGUAAUUUGUGAUAGGGAUUGUUAAUUUUUGUGACAAUUGCUAUAAAUUAUAUUAUUAUUUAGUAA